AUGUCCUACGAUUAUUCUCAAAAGACUUGGGUUCCUGUCGAUGGUAAAGAUGGAGUAUCAAAAUUAUACGUUUUACAUAAUGCGCAAACAAACAUGUAUCGUGUCGUGGGUAGAAGACAGAACGAUUCAGGAGUAACAAUCAAUGCUUGCUUACAUCAUAAGCUUAAAUAUACUCAAGCGGCAGCUUCGUUCCAUCAAUGGCGUGAUCAACGUCAAUUUUUCGGUUUUAAUUUUGCCAGUCAGGACGAAGCUAAUAAAUUCUAUCAGGUCAUCAAGGAAGCAUUAGACGGUUUAGUUGCUGCGGCACAAUCAUCGAUCGCUAUGGGAGUUAACAAGAAAAAUCAAACUUUACCAAGGAGUUUUCGACCACCGGUUGGCCUUACUGAAAAUUCAGGCGAGCCAUCACGUCCACCCCUUUCCAACAUGAAUCGGCCUUCUUCUACUAUAAUUGGAGGAUCAGCUCCGUCAACUCCUGGUCUUGAUCAAAAACAUGCUGCAUUUGAUGCACCGCGAAGCGUGAAUGUUGGAAACGUUAGUAAUAGUCAUCAGGUUAUAUCAGCACCAACUUCAAAUGUGUCGAAGGUUAUGCCUACGCCAGUAGCAGCCGCUCCACCACCAGCGCCCGCUCCACCACCAGCGCCCGCUCCACCAGCAGCGCCUGCUCCACCGCCAGCACCAGCUCCACCACCAGCGCCCGCUCCACCACCAGCUCCAACUCCAAUGCCUACAUCGAUAACUACUUCAGGGCCUCCUCCACCUCCACCGGCGCCAACACCUACGUCCUUAAUGGCUGGUAGUCACUCUCUACGAAGUGUGGCCCCACCUACUGGUGGUUCACAACCACCACCACCACCUCCACCACCUGCUCCAACAGCUAAUUCGAACGCUAACUUACCUAGUAAAGGUGGAUUACUAAGCGGUCUGUCUUCCGUAAAACUAAGAUCAGUAGCCACCAAGGAAAAAAAACAAAACAAUGCUCCUGCGACAAGUAGUGGUAGUGGUGGAGGUUCUAUUAUGUCAGAAAUGCAUAGGAAAUUGGCUGAACGAUUCGCAAGUAGCAAUAAAUCCGAGCUUCGAAAUCUAAUACAGACUUACUUAUAUAGGCAAUCAACUGCCCCGUCAAAUCUAUCUGCCAGUGCGGUUGAAGCAAUUUUUGAUAAAAUGAAAGAAGAUAUUAUGGAUGCUGUUGGAAGAUAUAUUGAUAAUGCGAAAGCAGAAGUACUGCAAGCUGUCAAUUCGACAAGACUUUAA